CUCCACCAAUCCCCCACAGUACCUCUCCCUAGCCUCUCCACCAAUCCCCGCACAGUACCUCUCCCUAGCCUCUCUCCCUCGCCUGUUUCACCAGCCAGACACCCCCAGCAGGUGGGGGAGGGAGGGAGAAAGCCCUCUCCUGUUUCACCAGCCAGACACCCCCAGCAGGUGGGGGAGGGAGGGAGAAAGCCCUCCCCUGUUUCGCCCUCUUCCUCCUCCUCUUCCUUCUCAGUUGAACAAUAUGACCAGUCUUCCUCUUCUGAUCAAUGCGUGCCCACCCUCCCCCCUAAAGUCUACGUGGUGGGGGCGGGCCCUAAAGAGCCUCGCGGCCCUGCUCCAAUCCCACGUCGACCUCCUGUUUUGCCCCCCAGAACCACACCCACACAUAGCGAUGCUCCAGUCAAUGAGCCGCACACAGAGCGAACUCCACCCCCCCCGCCUCGGACCAGGGUACACAACACACCAGUCGACACGCAGCCUGCUCUGCCAAUGAGAAGAGUCCCCCAGCCACCGCCUGAAAUCAGGUCAGAUUUUGGUGACAGUUCAGAUGACUCUGAGGAUCCAGACCAAGUUUACCCCAAGCCCCAGUCUGUGAACAUGACAGACAGGGAUGUGUUCCUGCCGGUGCCGGGGUGGGGGAAGGGGCGGUACAGCUCUCUCUGCAGCGACGAUGAACUAUUGGACGAUGACAACGAGCCAAUCAGCAACCGUCAGAGCUCAUGGCAGGACUAUGGUCUGAGUACGCUACAGGAGAGUGUCUACCUGCCGGUCACAGGCAGGGUCCUAGCCCAGCCCCCUAGAGAUGGCCCCUCCCCUGUUCUAAAGAUGGGCUGGCUGGAUAAGAACCCACCGCAGGGGUCUCUGUACUACCAGAGGAGAUGGGUGAAGCUGGAUGUUGACUACCUGAGAUACUUUGACAACGACAAGGAGGUAUACUCUAAGAGGAUCAUACCAACGGCUGCCAUUACGGGGGUGACCAACGUGGGGGAGCAGAAAUUUGAGGUGGUCACAACCAACCGGACCUUUCUCUUCAGAGCCGAGAGCGACUUUGAGAGGAAUGAGUGGGUGUCAGUUCUGCAGAACUUCACUAGGGGGUGCCAGGAGGGCAGCAGGGUGAUUACUUCAUCGGUCCCACACUCCUCGAUGACCCCUGGUUCACCCCUGACCCCUGAUCAGCAGGGCUACCUGGAGCUGAGGGGCCUGCGCUCCAAACUCUACACAGUCGUCUCUGGAGACAAGGUCUUCCUCUACAAGAACAUGGAGGACUACCGUCUUGGCAUCGGCAUCACGUCUAUCGACAUGAACGUAGGAAACGUGAAAGACACUGACCGCCGCAGCUUUGAUCUGACAACACCCUACCGCAUCUUCAGUUUUCUAGCGGAUUCAGAACAACAUAAAGACCAGUGGGUAGAAGCGAUGCGUGAAGCGAUUGGAGAGGCUCUGUCCAAUAGCGAGGUGGCUAAUCAAAUCUGGGCGGAGCCUAGCAAUGGUUGCUGUGCCGACUGUGGCGCCGCCAAACCUGAGUGGGCUGCCAUCAACCUGUGUGUGGUGGUCUGCAAACGCUGUGCAGGAGAGCACCGCGGUUUGGGCCCCAGCAUCUCUAAGGUGCGCAGUCUGAAGAUGGACAGGAGGGUGUGGACAGAGGAGCUUAUACAGGUGUUCCUGUUGCUGGGUAAUGAGCGUCUGAACAGAUUUUGGGCGGCGAACGUCCCUCCCAGCGAGGCGCUGAGUCCGACCAGUUGCAGCGAAGACCGCCGACGAUUCAUCAGCUCCAAAUACAGACAGGGAAAAUACCGCAAAUACCACCCCCUCUACGGCAACCAGGAAGAGCUUAACAACGCCCUGUGUAUAAACGUGCAGUGCAGUGAUGUCCUGGAGACCUUAUGUCUGGUGUUCUGUGGAGCUGAUGUGAACUGUUCUACUGGCCAGGCUGACUGUCCCUCCCCCCUCUCCCUGGCACUCGCCCACAACCAGAAACUACAGGCCCAGUUCCUCUCACACAACCUCAACACAGAGCUGCCUCGGUCGGAGGUGACUGGGGUCAUGGAGCCUCAACACUAUUCACCGCAGCACCCCGUCACUCACAAUGGCUUCCUUUUCAAGACCGCCUCCAUGGCCCGGCCUAUCACGGAGCGUAAGGCCAGGGAGGAGUUCAGUCGUCGCUGGUGUAUGUUGAAUGAUGGGAACUUUAGUUACUAUGAGAGUGACAAGACCUCCACGCCCAACGGAACCCUGAAGUCUACAGAGAUAGUCUGUCUGGCUGUCAACACACCAGAGAAACAUGGCUAUGACCAUACAUUUGAGCUGUACUCAGACUCUGAGCGUAUCUAUCUCUUUGGCACUGAUGACCCAGACAGCCACAGGGAGUGGGUUAAAUCCAUCACCAAGACGUUUAUUCCAUCCAAUGCAGAGGGCCUGUUGAGGCUGGCUUUUGAAAGGAUUGGCCGGCUGCGGUAUAAAGACGGGCUGAAUCUACAGAGCCCCCGGGUUGGCUGGUUCGCUCUGGUCGGCUCCUCCCUCCAUGCCUACCUAGAGGACAGUGUGGAAGAGGAGGAGAUACACCUACGCAAACUACAGGAGCUCUCGAUCCAGCAGGAGAAUGAGGUGCUGGUUCUGGUGGAGAGAGGCAGGACUCUGUACAUCGAGGGGGAGAGGAAGCUUGACUUCCAGGGUUGGUGUGUGUCCAUGCAGAGAGCAGCAGGCAGUGCAGGGGACUCUCUUAGUCAGCAGCAACUAACUGAGACCGACAUCCCUGUUAUAGUGGACCGCUGCAUUGACUACAUCACACAGUGUGGUCUGACGUCCGAGGGUAUCUACCGUAAGAGCGGUGUGAACAGUCGCGUGGCGGCGCUGUGCGAGGCGUUUCGGCGUGAUGCCCGUAGCGUGCGUCUGAAGGAGGGUGAGCACCAGGUGGACGACGUGUCUAACACACUGAAACGCUUCUUCAGAGAGUCUGGAGAGGGACUGUUCACCAUACAGGCUGCUAGCGCAUGGCUCAGCACACCUGUGAUCCCAGAGGAGAGCAGAAAGAUCUGUCAGUACCAGCUGCUGCUAAGCCAGCUGCCCAGAGUCAACAAGGCCACGCUACGAGCCCUGGUCAACCACCUCUACUGUGUGCAGCGGUUUGCAGAGCUGAACCAGAUGAAUCUCCAUAACCUGGCUAUAGUAUUUGGCCCAACACUGUUCCAGAGCGACGGGAAGGAUUACACAGCUGGCCUCGUCGUAGAGGAACUCAUAGAGCACUACACGGACGUCUUUGAGGUGGAUGAGCUGCAGCUGAAAAGACAGCUGGAUGAGAUCACGGCCAUCAUUAAAGUCAGAGAGAAGUUGAACCACAACUCCAGCGUCCCUGCGUCGGGGUCAGCAGGUGACUUCAUCUGUACAGUGUACCUGGAGGAGAAGAAGGAGACGACAGAGCAGCAUGUCAAGAUCCCUGGUUCUAUGACGGCAGCAGAGCUGACCUGUGAGAUUCUGGACCGGCGGAAGAUCCAGGUCAGAGAGAAAGACUACUGGAGCUGCUGGGAGAUCAGCCAGAAGGAGGAGACCGAGCGUCCAUUGCAUCAUCUGGAGCGUGUGUUACCCAUCAUCCAUUCUCUGGGUACCGACUCCCACUUGCUGGUCAAAAAACAUCUCGCCAUGGAGGCCAUACGCAUCUACCUGGCCAGUAAAGUGGAUGUGUCCAAGCACGGGAUGGUGAAGUUCCGGGAGGAGAGGAGCAUUCUGGGAUUGGGACUGAAUACCGGCAGCUUCCACGACCGCUACUUCAUCCUGAGCACUGCCUCCCUCAGGAUGUACAAGGAAGUGCGGAGUAAUCGUCCAGAGAGGGAAUGGCAGGUGAAGAACCUGAGGGUCUAUCUAGGCAUCAAGAAGAAACUACGACCACCCACCUGUUGGGGUCUGACUCUGAUCAAUGGAAGUGAAAAACAGGAGAAGCCAGAGAGGCAGCAAUGGUAUCUGUGUUGUGACACUCAGACAGAGAUGAGGGAGUGGUUCUCCACCUUCCUCACUAUCCAGUAUGAUGGUAACGUGUGGCCAGCGGAUGCAGUACAAACACGUGUGACCCGUGCGUUGCCGGCAGAUACGCGUCAUGGUAAUGUGGCGUUGAUUCCGUUGCGCGGCAGCGAGAAUGAGAUGCGGAACAGCGUUGCAGCUUUCACCGCCGACCCGCUUGGCCUCUUUAGAGAUGUCUGAUAAUGGGGCGAGACAAGGGGAUAGACCACCAGCCGUAGAACCCACAAAGUCUUCAGAACAUUCCAGUAACGACCCCCCCCCCCCUGCCACACACACACCUGUGCCUAUGAGCUGGACCUCUAAGCAGGGGCAGCAGGUGUGUCAUGAGGAGAGAGAGACUCUGUUACCACAGUGCCUUUUAGGACUGCAGUGCACCCUGGGAUACAUGGAGGACCUGUAAGAAGCUCCUGGUAUGGACUGAGAGGCUGAGAACAAAGACUGACUGAGUACAGACUGUUACUGGAACAGACUGACUGAGUACAGACUGUUACUAAAACAGACUGACUGAGUACAGACUGACACUGGAACAGACUGACUGAGUACAGACUGACUGAGUACAGACUGUUACUGGAACAGACUGAUUGAGUACAGACUGAUUGAGUACAGACUGAUUGAGUACAGACUGACUGAGUACAGACUGACUGAGAACAGACUGUUACUGUUUGUCUCUGAGAGGCCUGGAGAUAAUGGGAUGAUCUUCACCGACAAUCCAACCGUCACUGUCCCUGUAUGUCCCACAUCAACCCUGUCCCCUCCUCGAACCGUCCCUCUCGCUCCCUGUUGUGAACUCUCCCCCACCUGUACCCUCACCUCGUCAGCCUCACCCGUGUCCCCUUCUCUCUUAAAGACUCCCCCAUCUGUAGAGUGCUCACAUCACCUCUCCCACGGUCUUCUCCCUCCAUGUUUUAGACUGUAAUUAUUUAUUUCUCCAGCAGAGGGAGCAGCAUAUAGGAAGUUAAGGGGGGACUCUGUCCAUUUAGAAAUAGGGUUGUGUAUGUAGGUAAACUGUUAGACAACCAUGACCAUCACUAGACAUUAAGUUGGUUCCACUAGACUAGAGGGAGGACAGUGAUGUGUGUGUGUGUGUGUCCAAGUUCACUUAUUGUAGUGACAUCAUUACUCCCACUUCUAGGUCCUGUAGAGACACCCCCCACCCAACCAACCCACUCACUCACUCACUCACUCACUCACCACUCACUCACCAACCAACCCCCAACCAACCAACCCAGCAAGCCAGCCAGCCAGCCAGCCCCCCCCCCACUGGCCCUCAUAUCUGUUUUCUGUUUUGUUAAGACGGAUCGUCUGUCUGGUACUCUGUACACUUGAAUAAACACAUUUCAGCCAGAGCUGUGUCUAUCAUUUAGACUCCUAACUAUGUGAUGACGUGGAGCAGUCAUUGUUUGACUGUAGUCUGGUUCAACCAGCAUGGAUCUGGUGAGCUCAUGUUCUCUUUCAAUUCAGUACAAACUAACCGCGGGCACAGCGGUGAGACUGGUUUCACAACGCUAGAGUGACUGACUGUGACCUACUGGUCAGGAAUCAGGAAGGGUCUACUGCUCUGCGGAUGGAUCAAAAAGCUCUGUAUUCUCAUCAAUAUCACAUACUCUCAAUCAUCUCAUCAGAUGUAGCAUUUCACUUUUAAUCUGUCUCUGUCUCAUAAAUGUGUUUUUAUGUGACAUAACUUUUGUAAUUCUGCAGUUCUUCAGAUUGUAACUGUAGAUAUGGUUUUAAUAAAGUCUAUGCUCGUUGGA